AUGUUAGGGUACCUGAGAACUUCGCUGGUAGUGGCAGCUCUGCUUUUGGCGAGCGCCACGGCUGACACGCCUGCCAACUGUCUAUACAGCGACGUGCAGGGUAGCUGGACGUUCCACGAAGGUGAAAGAAACCUCGACAACAGCGCCACUUGCGACUCGUUCGAACCUGUGCAGACUGUGACAGUGGAGCUGUCGUACCCUAACGUGGCCACGGACCAGUACGGCAACGUGGGCACCUGGACGUUGAUAUACAACCAGGGCUUUGAAGUGACCGUCAACGGCAGGAGCUACUUCGCAUUCUCCUACUACACAUCGGACAACGGCACCGUGACCAGCAUUUGCGACCGCACGUUCAACGGCUGGUCGCAUGACGUCACGCUGAGACACUGGUCCUGCUACUACGGCGUCAAGAACUCGCCGGUGGCCAGAAAGGUCCACGAGGAUCCUUUCACCGCAAAGAAGCAGCUGAUGGAGCAGGAAGUCAGCUUCGUACAGCAGACGCGUCUGGUAAAUGAGAUAAACAGUGCACAGAAGCUGUGGAAAGCGAAAGUCUACGAGGAAUACCUGGGACUGACCAAUGAGGAGCUCAUUAACAUGGCUGGCGGCAAGAGCACGUGGCUGGCCCAGUGGCCGGAGCCUGCCCCAGUGACGGCGGAGCAGCGGCAGCGCGCCUCCUACCUUCCCAAGCAGUGGGACUGGAGGGACGUCGACGGCGUCAACUACGUGUCGCCCGUCAGGGACCAGCUGCAGUGUGGUAGCUGCUUCGCGUUCGCCGCGGCCGGCAUGCUGGAGGCGCGCAUCCGCAUCAAGACCAACAACACGCAGCAGCACGUCUUCUCGACGCAGGACGUGGUCAGCUGCAGCCCGCUCGACCAGGGCUGCUCCGGAGGGUUCGCUUACCUCGUGGCCGGCAGAUACGGAAAGGACUACGGACUGGUGGAGGAGGAGUGCAACCCGUAUGUGGGCAACGACACCGAGUGCUCCACGGUGAGGGAGUGCGACCGACACUACACGUCCGAGUACGGAUACCUUGGAGGCUACUACGGCGGCAGCAACGAAGUGCUGAUGCAGGAGGCUCUGGUGCAGAACGGCCCACUCGCUGUCGGCUUCAUGGUGUACGACGACUUCCGCGCCUACGAGAGUGGCGUCUAUAAGCACGUCGAAUCCACCACCCGCUCGAGCUUCAACCCUCUUGUGCCUGUGAGCCACGCGGUGCUGCUAGUGGGAUACGGAGUGGACGAGGCUUCGGGUGAGAAGUACUGGACCAUCAAGAACAGCUGGGGCGGCGACUGGGGAGACGCCGGCUACUUCAAGAUCCUCAGGGGGACCAACGAGUGCGGCGUCGAGAGUCUCGCCUUCGAGGCCACGCCCAUCCCGGCCUGA